AUGGGCAGCAGAGACCGCGCAAAAGCUCUGGGUAUGAAGCUCAACAACGAGACGGUGACGAUUGAGCUGAAGAACGGAACGUCGGUGCAUGGUACCAUCACGGGCGUCGACCCCUCGAUGAACACACACUUGAAGAAGGUCAAGAUGACGGUUCGCGGGCGGGAACCUCAAGCGCUCGACUCGCUCGCGAUUCGCGGCAACAACGUUCGCUACUUCAUUCUCCCUGACUCGCUUCCCCUCGACACGCUCCUCAUCGAUGAUGCACCGAAGCCGAAGAAGAAGAAGGGAGAGGCAACGAGGGGACGUGGACGGGGUCAGGACCGUGGCAGGGGACGUGGACGAGGAAGGGGUGGUCGCGGCAGGGGUAUUUGA